AUGCGGCCUAAACAUGUUAUACAUCAUCGUGUGAUUGAUUCUUGGGCUGCUGUUCUAAAUUACGAGGAACAAAAGUCAAAAAGUAAACCAUACCGCCUGUUCUUCAAUACCAAAAUUAUGAGUUCUGAGUUAUUAGAUGAAACUAAAUAUUUUGACGAGCAUUUUUUAACUUUUGAGACUCGUGUUGAUAACUUUCUAUCUAAUUUCAAGGCAGAUGUAGAUUUCAAUGAUCUUAAACUCGUGGUUUUCCCAAUACAUAACGGUGAUCAGAUGUAUGCUGUUGUUUUCAACCUAACAUAUCCACAAAAAUUGUACUUUAUACGAUAUCUGGAGAAAACUACAUUUAUCGUCAAUAAAAUCAAAGGUUUGCGAUCAACAACAGUGAAGAUGAUGAAAAUUGACUGGAACACAAAGAAGUUAACAACAAAGAAUGGAGCACUUUUAAUGAGACAAAUGGAAAAAUAUUGUGGAGAAAAGCAAGGAAAGUGGAAUGUGGAAAUGGAAAAAGGAAGUGAUGUGCAAGAUGUGCAAUUUGUAAAAUUACGUGCCUUAUAUUAUGUUAAGAUUGCUACACAUGAAAUCAACAACCACAAGGAGAGAGUUAUCAAAGAGGCAAUCGAAUUUGGAAAAUUUGAUCAUGCGACUAGAAAAAAGAUGUUAGAGGAAGGUAUCAAUAGAAUGAAUGAACUGGAAAUGGGUAAUAAAUAG